GAGCAGCGGAGUGUGUGUGGGCGGAUGUGGGCUCAGGAGACCAGGACCCAACAUAAACAAGUUUUGGAGACAAACAACCUCAUGACCCUGUGAGGCUGGGUGAGACAAGAAGGGACUCUUGAGACAGACACCCCACAGAGGAGCCAACAGACUCAAAGGACUCCAAGAAGGACGCUCAGACUGAAAACCUCUCAGCCCUGACAAAGGUCAGCCAGCCCCUGAGGACAUCAGCUUCGGCCUCAGGGUCCUAAUGGCAGCAGAACCACUGACAGAGCUGGAGCUGGCCAUCGAGACCGUGGUCACCACCUUCUUCACCUUUGUGAAGCAGGAGCGCCAGAAGGGCAGCCUUAACACCACUGAGUUUAAGGAGCUGGUUACCCAGCAGUUGCCCCAUCUGCUCAAGGAUGUGGGCUCCCUUUAUGAGAAGAUGAAGAGCUUGGAUAUAAAUCAGGACUCGGAGCUCAAGUUCAAUGAGUACUGGAAACUGAUUGGGGAGCUGGCCAAGGACAUGAAGAAGAAGAAGGGCCGGAAGAAGUAAAGCCACCUGGCUGGGGUGGGGGUGGGCAGAGCAGGACUGUUCAGGGCCGAGCAGAACCACACUCUCCCCAAAUAAAGCUUCCUCUGUGAAACA